AUGGAUGAAAGGUUCAACAAGUGGCUGCUGACGCCGGUGCUCACUCUCCUCUUCGUGGUCAUCAUGUACCAGUACGUGUCCCCGUCCUGCACCAGUCGGCCCCAGCUGCCCCCGCCGCCCCGGGGCCCGCCCGAAGGCCCUCGGGGGGUCGCGACGCUGGAGGAUGAGGACGAAGAGCCUGGGGACCCGGAGGAGGAGGAGGAGACGGAGGAGGAGGAAGAGGAGCCGGACCCGGAAGCCCCGGAGAACGGCUCGGUGCCCCGGUUCGUGCCGCGCUUUAACUUCACCCUGAAGGACCUGACCCGCUUCGUGGAUUUCAACAUCAAAGGGCGCGACGUGAUCGUGUUUCUGCACAUCCAGAAGACCGGGGGCACCACAUUCGGCCGGCACCUGGUGAAGAACAUCCGGCUGGAGCAGCCCUGUAGCUGCAAAGCCGGCCAGAAGAAGUGCACCUGCCACCGACCGGGCAAGAAAGAGACGUGGCUCUUCUCCCGUUUCUCCACCGGCUGGAGCUGCGGGCUGCACGCCGACUGGACAGAGCUCACCAACUGCGUGCCAGCCAUCAUGGAGAAGAAGGAUUGUCCUCGCAACCACAGCCACACCAGGAAUUUCUAUUACAUUACAAUGUUGCGGGACCCAGUGUCACGUUACCUGAGUGAGUGGAAACACGUCCAGAGAGGGGCCACUUGGAAAACCUCUCUGCACAUGUGCGAUGGGAGAAGCCCCACCCCUGAUGAGCUGCCCACCUGCUACCCAGGGGAUGACUGGUCUGGGGUCAGCUUGCGGGAGUUUAUGGACUGCAGCUAUAACCUGGCUAACAACCGCCAGGUACGCAUGCUGGCUGACCUCAGCCUGGUGGGUUGCUAUAACUUGACUUUCAUGAAUGAGAGUGAAAGAAACACCAUCCUGUUGCAGAGUGCAAAAAAUAACCUGAAGAACAUGGCCUUCUUUGGGCUCACGGAAUUUCAGAGAAAGACACAGUUCCUCUUUGAGAGGACAUUCAACCUCAAGUUCAUCUCCCCCUUCACGCAGUUCAACAUUACACGGGCUUCCAAUGUGGAGAUUAAUGAGGGUGCCCGCCAACGCAUCGAGGAGCUCAACUUCCUGGACAUGCAGCUCUAUGAAUAUGCAAAAGAUCUCUUCCAGCAGCGCUACCACCACACCAAGCAGCUUGAGCACCAGAGGGACCGCCAAAAAAGGCGGGAGGAACGGAGGCUGCAGCGGGAGCACAGGGGUCACCGUUGGCCAAAAGAGGAUGGGGCCAAUGAGGGGACUGUCACCGAGGACUACAACAGCCAGGUGGUGAGAUGGUGACCCCCUGCCCACUCCUCUUUCGGAAGGGGGAGAAUGAGCAGGUGCAUUGACCUCCUGUUGCAUUACCUUGGAGAAGUUAGGCCAUUCUGAGGACAUCUGGCUGUGUGUUGCUUUAUUUGGACAUCUGCUUCCUCUUUGUCUUCUUUUUAUCCAGCUGGAGAUGAUCUGUUGUGUCCUUUUUUUUUUUUCUUGACAUUUUUCAAUCAGUGAUAUUAAGUAGGGCAGAAAUGCAUCCUGUAUUGACUGCUUAGAAGGUCAAGGAGACAAAUACCACAAAGUCCUUGCAAUCUCCUUUGCAGCAACAUAGGUUAUAGGUUGGGUAUCGGGAACCCACAGAGA